AUGCCGAGGCAGCGCUCCGCGGCCAGCCCACGAGGCUGUCUGUACGCCGUCACGCUGCUGCUCGUCCUACCCAGGUGCAUGCUGUCCAUUCGGGCCGACAAAAACCUGGUGAACAAGGACGAGGUUUUCAGCGCCACGGUCAACGCCACCGUGUCGGACUCCAAAGGCAACCUCAAGCAGAUUUUGUCCAAGGACGACGGCAGGUACGGGCAGAACUCACCCAGGAGCGAGGCGAGGGGGAUCGUGAUUGCACCUGCUGCUGUCCACGGCGUGGUAGACCGUCAGGGCUGCGACCCCCACACCCGGUUCAUCGUGCCCCCCAAGACUGUCCACUGGGUGGCAUUGCUGCAGAGGGGCAAUUGCACCUUCAAGGAGAAGAUCCUCAAAGCUGCAGCCUUCAAUGCAUCCGCUGUGCUCAUCUACAACAACUCCUCUAAGGAGGACACAGUGACCAUGUCACAUGAAGGCACAGGCGACACCGUAGCGGUCAUGAUUGCAGAGUCUUAUGGGAAGGAAAUCCUGAGUUUACUGGAGAAGAACCUGACCGUGCUGGUGACCAUCGUGGUUGGAGGACGUGGCCCUACCAAGAACAUCAAUCGCGGUUCCCUGGUCUUUGUCUCCAUCUCCUUUAUUGUCCUCAUGAUCAUCUUGUCUGCUUGGCUCAUCUUCUACUUUAUCCAGAAGGUCCGCUACACCAAUGCCCGCGAUCGCAGUCAGCGUCGCCUUGGAGAUGCCGCCAAAAAAGCCAUCGGCAAAUUGACCACCAGGACAGUGAAGAAAGGUGACAAGGAGACGGACCCAGACUUCAACCACUGCGCCGUCUGCAUCGAGGGAUACCAACUCAACGAUGUGGUUCGCAUAUUGCCUUGCAAACAUGUCUUCCACAAGAUCUGUGUGGACCCAUGGCUGAAUGAGCAUUGCACUUGCCCCAUGUGCAAGCUAAACAUCCUCAAGGCCCUUGGGAUCAUGCCCAACCUUCCAUGUGUAGACAAUGUGGCCUUCGACAUGGAAAGAAUAGUCAGGAGUCAGACUUCCAGUCAGAGGUCAGCAUUGGCUGACCUGUCGAGUGAAAACUCCAUCAGUCUGGAGCCUCUGAGGCAUACUGGGACAUCCCAGAUUCCUUCGGAGGGCGAGCUGACACCACGGACUGGAGAGAUCAACAUCGCCGUCACCAGUGGCCAUUUCUUUGGACGGAACUCUUUGUCCCCAAGGAAUGUGGUGUGUGAGAUGGAGCUUCCCGAUCUCCAGGCCUCACUUGAUCUGUAUGAUGAGAACAAAUCAUGAGGAUUCUCCUCACCUUGGCUUUGGCUUGCACGGGCCAGGUCCUCGCCACUCCAAGCCCAGCGGGGAUUGGGGGGGUGGGGGACGUGACCAACCAAUGCUAACUUCAACAACGACCUACUACUGCAGCAGAAUGUACUAUGACCUUUCAUCCCUGUUACCAGGAGUGGAAGCAGCCCAGAAUUCCUUCUACCUUCAUCAUAAACAUGUCCCUUUACUGGGGUUAAUUUAUCUUUGAACUAUGAAAGACUUGUAAAUCCAUUUCACAAUGGGAUUAUGAAAAGACCCUUUUACUUCCUCAGUUGGUGUUUUUUUUUAUUAUUGUUCCAAAAAGUGUCAUUCAUUCUGCCUGGAGUUAAGACAAAAUUACAGUACUCAACUAAUAGCCAAGCAGUAUAUUUACAAACUUUUGCAUUUGUGAAUAUUGUCAACUAACCGUGUUUUUUUUUUUUUAAAACCAAGCUCUGAAAGCCACAUUGCCAUACAGCAAAAUAGGACUACUGUGACUGACCUGCUGACAGUAUUGGAAUUAUGCUGGCUAUCUUCAUAGUGCAGAGCUACAAAGCUUUUGUCUGCUGUGAAUGGAUAACCAACCUCACCGUCCCUCUUGCCUCUGCUCAAAGACAAAGGCCCCAGAACCUGGAGCCACAGCUAUUGACCUGGACCUAAAGAGCCUGGUUCAGAUCCAGAAGCUGAAAUUGUGCUGAAAGGAAUCCCCGAAGCACAGCAUUACUCCUCUGUAUCCGAUCCGUGUCUUUCUAUAUUAAACAUUUAUUGUGUACUCAGAGCCUACCACUUCCUCACAGCCUGCACCCAGCUGCUUCAGUAAAGGGACCUCUUGUAGGAUGAUGUAACUACAUACACCUGAGUUUAUUUUUUCGUCCCCUUAAGCACUGCUUGUUUUUUUUCCUCCCAUACCUUUGUACACUGAACUUUUGAGUAGAAGGAGGCAUUUAAUGUUCUUUUGUAUACAUGUCUCUGUCCCUGAUUCUGAGCAUGAAAGACUGACUGAUGUUCCACAUUCUCCAGUGAGAAUAUUUGGAAUUACUGGGCAUGUCAGCAUUUUUUAUUAAUAGUCCAACACCCCUUCAGCUGGUACUAUCUGAUCCUGAUCCAACAGCAACUCAGAAACUUUACCCCUGCAAUGUGUAAUACCAGCUACCCCUCAGUUAGUGCUUUGUUCAAGUGUAACCUUGGAAAGGUACGUGAGGAACAUUUAUUGGGGUGUAACGGUCAGCAUGAGGCCCAAAACAGGACUUACUCUGUAGUACCAGACUCAUUUUCCUUGAGAGCCUUAUGUCUAGGUAGAUAGUCUCAGUUUUAAAGAGACUGGCUUGGAAAGUCCACUGGGGAUGGGGUGAGGAUAUUAGUCACAUGACAUUUUUGCCAGAAUUUUCAUAUAAAUCAAUCUGGGGAAAAACUAUGCCAUGCUAUGACUGGGUGGGGUUACUUCUGUUGCCAUGGUAACACUGUGUCGCAAAGAGAAUGGUAAUCUGAUAAAUUAUUAAUAAUGAAUUAAUUAUUCAUGCAAGCAAUCUGCCACAGCUUCUGUGAAAAUAAACACAUAGCGGAUCCUGCCAUUUUAUAAAACAUAAGCCAGCCAGCCAUCUGGGCAUGAGAUGCAGUUUUAGUUUAAAUGGUUUUUUGCAAAGUUGCCCUUCCAUGUCCUACCGUUUCAGAGUGAGCGAGAAGAAAACGAUACAAGCCUGUUAAGCUGAUUUUGUCUUCAAAAAUAAUGCAUGUGUAGAACAGAAAACCAAAGUGUUCCUGAUUCCAUAAGGCCUUGAAGCUAAUGACUAAAACUUCAGUCUAAGAAGAAGUGCUCCAUUCGUGGUACAUGGCUGUGUCACCACACACGGGCCAGGUGGCACUCUAGAGACAUAACCCUGGGCUCACAGGCAAAUAAUGAGGACCGAGGAAAGAGCAGUAAGCAGUGAAGAAGCAUCGUGCAGUGACUAAGUGACUACACUGCCAUACUCAUUCAAAAGUGGGAAACCUGAAGAACUUUGAUGUAGGUUUUCACUUCCUGCAGUCCCAUCCUAUUUUUCCCACUAUAAUUGUAUGACAGACAAAUAUGUCAGGUCUACCAACCAGGAAGUUAUCUGACUAUCAUAUGGAACAGGAACAUAGUAGAGCCACUGGUGCCCUUCUUCCUCUAGCACAUCCUGCCCUUGUACCUUAAGUUACCCACAGGAGUAAUCCUGUUUUUGGUGGAGAGUUGUUUAGUUUCCAUUGACACGUAUGCAUAGCCCCCAAUUAAAAAAAAAAAAGUCAAGAUACCAUACUGCAGAGUGAUGAAAUACCUGGAAACAUUUGCUGUCGUUUGUCCCAAAAGUCUUUGUGUUUACUGUGCUAACUUUAUAAUUAUAUAUGAAGCGCCCAUCUUGCGUGUCAUUAUCUGUACAAAAUACACCGCAGUACUUUGAACUCCGUUUCAAAGGAGCUUAACAAGAUGUGUUUAGUUGUAAGCAGCAUGACAGAGAAAUAUGUUUCAAGUGGAAAAAGUCAUUCCAUGCAUCACUGUCAGUUCGUUUAACUUUUUCCAUUACAUGACUUGAAAAUCAUACACACAUAAUCAUUAAUAGAUGAAUCAUUCUUUAUGGUAAGUCAAUUUAUUUGUGGAUCUGAAAAAGGUUAGUUUGCUCAUUCUUAUACAAGUAGUUAUUUUGCUUGCUCCAAUUGAACUUAAUUUUACAUUAAGUUCCAAUUUGAUGAUUUUUGUGUACCUGUGUAACAGCAAAGGAUGACUGACCCCAUAAAUCGUAACCCUUACAAUUUUUAACCAGUUGACUGCGUGUGUAUAAGUGCCUGUGUGUAUGAACAGAAGAUGUGUCCAGUAACUGGCAAUGACUGAUAAAAAAAAUGUGAGUUAUUUUCUAUUGCAAGGGCUAAUAGAACGUAAAACGUAAUAUGGUAUGGAGAGUUUGUCAAAGGUAUUUCUGUCAGGUGGUUACCAGUUAAUCAGUUGCAUGGAUACACUAAUGCUGAAAAUUCAUGAAAGGGAAAAUAUUUGAUGACAUUUGUAAAUUUUGGUUUCACAAAAUUAAUUGUGUAAAUGGGAAGGAUUAGGCACAACAUGUUUCAGUGUUGCAAACCGCGUGGACCAAAACGAUAGUGUUCUGUUUAAAAUGCUGUUGUACUGUUGUAGAGCAUAAGUGACUGUGUCACAUGUGCCAUUUCUAAGCAGCAUAAGACAGUGCAUGCUUAGCUUGGUUACCACAUUGCAAUAGGAUUUAAACACUGAAAAAGACCUGGUCAAUAAUGUUGACCAUUUUAGGCCAAAGGUUUCCCUCUCUGUUGUUUUGAUAUGAACCUCUCUGGAUUGGUCAAUACGUAAUCAACUGUGCCAGAAAGGUCCACUUCAAGGGUAGUGUUUAUGCUGUGAUACCUUUUUCUUGCUUGUUUACUGGUUUGAUAUGUACUUAGUUGUAAUUUUUUUUCUUAUAGUCCUGCUUCAUAGCUUCAGCUUAACAUCUUUUAAUGCAAACCUAAAGACUGCUAAACAAGGGAGGGGCGGUUUUUGCUGCUGAAAUGAGGCCUUAUUUUUAAGUGCUUAAGAGGGACGAAUUAUAAUUACAGACAAAUAUAAUCUUGAGGUUUUUGAGAAGUUCUUUUGAAACCUAUGACCCAAAAAAGAACAACUAUUCACAUAUUCAUAUGUCAAAAUAAGGUAGAUUUAAUUAUAUGCAUUUAUUUUUGACAAUUGGCUCUGGAAUCGGCAUCAGACUCACAGAUGCUUCCAAGUAUGGGCUCUUGCACUGAAUGUUCGUGAAGAUGUAUGUAACGUACACAUACAGAGUCACAGGUACAGUGUUUAAAUCAAGUGCCGUGUGUGAACAUCAUGCUAUCAUCGUUCUCAGAAGAAAAUAUGACUUUAACUAAUGUGAUUGAAAUAAAGGGUAUUUGAAAAUA